AUAAGCACAUCUCUUUCUUUUGAUCGGUACCCCUCUCUCUCUCUCUCUCCCCAAGUAGAUCAAUAAUUGUUUCUGUUUUCGUUCUUCUGUGCUUCUGUUAUUGAUCAUCCACUUUUCUCUGGAAGAUGGAUUUUUCUUGGAUUCCUUCAUUGGUAAGUCUUCCAAUUGAGAGGGGUUUGUCAGGUGGGCUAAAGAUGUAUGUGGUGGAGAGCAAGGGGGGUGCCAUAGGCUGUAUGCUGCUGGCACUCUUCUUCUUGGGCACUUGGCCUGCCAUUAUGACUCUCCUUGAGAGAAGGGGUCGCCUCCCUCAGCACACAUACCUUGAUUAUUCGAUCACUAAUCUCCUCGCUGCUGUAAUCAUUGCCUUCACUUUUGGUGAGAUCGGCAAGAGCACAUCUGAUGUCCCAAAUUUCCUAACCCAGCUUUCCCAGGACAAUUGGCCUUCUGUGUUGUUUGCAAUGGGUGGUGGGUUGGUUUUGAGCCUUGGAAACCUGUCCACACAGUAUGCUUGGGCUUUUGUUGGCUUAUCAGUUACAGAGGUGAUCACUUCAAGCAUGACUGUUGUAAUAGGCACAACUAUGAACUACUUCUUAGAUGACAAAAUCAAUAAAGCUGAGAUUCUUUUUCCCGGCGUUGGAUGCUUUCUAAUUGCUGUUUGUCUUGGCUCUGCCGUUCAUGCAUCCAAUUCAGCUGAUAAUAAAGCAAAGCUUAGUAGUAACAAAAAUGGAGCAAAGGCGCUUGAUGGUUCCAUGUUGGACGAACCAUAUAGAAAGAGAGAUCUCGAGAGUGGAAGUGGCACUGCAGAGAAGGCAAAGUUUGGAAGUGCAGAUUUCCUCAUGGAACUGGAGAAUAGGAGGGCAAUUAAGGUGUUUGGAAGGAGCACAUAUAUUGGUCUAGCCAUAACUUUUUUCGCUGGUGUUUGCUUCUCGCUCUUCUCCCCGGCAUUCAACCUGGCAACUAAUGAUCAGUGGCACACUCUGAAAAAAGGAGUUCCCCACUUGUCUGUCUAUACAGCAUUUUUCUACUUCUCGGUGUCCUGCUUUGUGAUUGCCAUAAUUCUAAAUAUUGGCUUCCUCUACUGCCCUCUGCUGAACUUACCGAGAUCAUCACUGAAGGCUUAUCUGCAAGAUUGGAAUGGUAGAGGAUGGGCUUUUCUGGCUGGGCUCUUGUGUGGUUUUGGAAAUGGUCUCCAAUUCAUGGGAGGUCAAGCCGCCGGAUAUGCAGCAGCUGAUGCUGUUCAGGCACUUCCACUUGUCAGCACCUUUUGGGGUGUACUAAUUUUUGGAGAGUACCGUAGAUCAUCGAGAAGGACAUAUAUAUUGCUAGUGAGCAUGUUGUUCAUGUUUAUUGCGGCUGUUGCAGUUCUCAUGGCAUCAUCAGGGCAUCGGAAAUAAUUAUGAAGCUGUAAGAUUCAAGCACAGGCAUUGUAUAAAGCAUGAUACAUACAAGUUUGAUGUGGUCGAGCAAGCCAAUGACGCAGCCAGCUGGUUGGUUGAAGUUUGGUCAUGCCAAGAUUGUUGUGUGAGGUGGUGCAUUCUGAUGCACCCCGCCCCCCCUGCCCACCACAAUGAAAGAAUAAAACGAAAAAAAAAACAAAAAACGUCAAUAACAAAAACAGAAAAAAAAAAAAGGAUUGGAAAGAAAAAUGAAAGUGAAAUGCAGUGUCUAUAGAAACAAACAGAGAGAGAUGGAAGUGAAAUCUGGCAUUGAAUCUUCUGUCAGAAUAAAGCAGCUUUGAUGCAUUGAAAUGAAAUCCACAUUCUCUUUAUUAUUAA